AUGGUCGCAUGUGAUGGAUACUCAUCGAAUAUCCACGGAAAUUUAAAGAUACACAGAGACAUUGACAGCAGUGAACUUAACACACCAAAGAAUAUAUUUGAUGUCGUGGUGUACUCAAAUCCCAACUGGAAUAAUAUCAAUAACUAUUCUGGAGAUCAAAGAGGAAGAGGAUUGCGACGACAGACAUAUAUGGCGCAGUACAACAAUUAUUAA